AUGCGCGCGGAGCCGCAGCGGAAGUGCGCGACGGACUUCUGCUUCCGGUGGGCCUUCUACUUCCGGGCCGUGGAGGGGCGGCGCUGGGCGCGGCACGGCUCUGUGCUCUCAGCCCGCAACGCCGCCCCGGCGGCACACACGGCCCCGGCAUCCCGCCCGCAGGGACCCGAUGGCGAACGCCCGGCCGAGGUCGGCACCGGGGCUCCCCGCGAGUCGAGAGCUCCGUUCCACUUCGACUAUGAGCGGUUCCGUCAAAGCCUUCGGCACCCGGUGCGGGGCGAGCGGCCCGACCAGGACCCCGACACCCGAGCCCGAAAGAUGAAGAUCAAAGAGAUGAUGAAAUUCGCUUGGGAUAACUACAAGCAGUAUGCACUGGGAAAGAAUGAGCUGCGACCGCUGACUAAGAAUGGCCACAUUGGUAACAUGUUUGGAGGUCUUCGAGGAGCUACGGUGGUAGAUGCCUUAGAUACUCUGUACAUCAUGGAACUGGAGGAGGAAUUCCAAGAAGCAAAAACAUGGGUGGAGAAGAGUUUUGACUUGAAUGUGAAUGGAGAAGCAUCCUUGUUCGAGGUGAACAUCCGCUACAUCGGAGGACUGCUGGCUGCGUACUACUUAACUGGAGAAGAGGUGUUCAAGAGUAAAGCUCUGGAACUCGGAGAGAAACUUUUGCCAGCUUUUAACACCCCCACUGGUAUCCCACGUGGCGUCAUAAAUCUGGGCAGCGGCAUGAGUUGGAGUUGGGGUUGGGCAUCUGCCGGAAGCAGCAUCUUAGCAGAAUUUGGUACCUUGCACUUAGAAUUCCUGCACCUCACCGAGCUCUCUGGCAACCCAGUGUUUGCAGAAAAGGUGCUCAACAUCCGUAAAGUCCUGAAAAGAGUGGAGAAACCACAGGGCCUUUAUCCCAACUUUCUCAGCCCAGUGACGGGGAAUUGGGUGCAGCACCAUGUCUCUAUUGGAGGGCUUGGAGACAGCUUUUAUGAGUAUCUCAUCAAGUCGUGGCUGAUGUCAGACAAGAAGGACUCUGAAGCAAAAAAGAUGUAUGAUGAUGCACUAGAGGCAAUAGAGAAGCAUUUGGUCAAAAAAUCUGCGGGAGGAUUGACCUACAUCGCUGAAUGGAGGGGCGGCAUCUUGGACCACAAAAUGGGCCACCUGGCUUGCUUCUCUGGGGGCAUGAUAGCACUGGGAGCUGAACACGGUGGAGAAGAGAGGAAGCAGCACUACAUGGAUCUUGCUGCAGAAAUAACAAACACUUGUCAUGAGUCUUAUGCACGCUCAGAUACCAAACUUGGCCCUGAAGCCUUUCGUUUUGAUGCUGGAACUGAAGCCAUGGCAACCAGACUCAGCGAGCGCUACUACAUCCUGCGCCCAGAAGUGGUGGAAAGCUACGUGUACAUGUGGAGGCUGACACACGAUGUCAAGUACAGGCAGUGGGGCUGGGAGGUCGUGAAGGCUCUGGAAAAACACUGCAGAGUAGAAGCUGGUUUUUCUGGCAUCCGAGAUGUUUACACCACGGUCCCGACCCAUGACAACAUGCAACAGAGUUUUUUCCUUGCAGAGACUCUGAAGUACCUCUAUCUUCUGUUCUGUGAAGAUGACGUGCUGUCUCUGGAUGACUGGGUGUUCAACACAGAGGCUCACCCCCUGCCAGUCAACCACUCAAACUUUAAAGCUAAAGCAAGCGUGCAAUAGUGAGGCCAUUGCCCAGCACCCUGCUCCCACAACAUCAGCAGGUUACUGCAUUUCCUUUCCAUUAAAGGAAUUUGUGUUGUUCCUGAAAUGGUAUUUUGGGGCACUAGUCCAAUUCCGGACAGUAUUCUAUUGGGAAGAUGAAACCAUGAAGUAAGCACCUUAUUUUCCUCUGUGAGGAGCUCUAAUAGCCUGAUAAUGAGAUGUUUAUUCUGGGCCAUACUGAACACAGUUCAUAGACAUUCCUUUCUACAGAGAAUUUAUAUGAAAUCCACUGACUUUGCUUUAUAGUGGCCAAAGGACUGGAAGUUUUCCUUAAAAUAGACUUCCCCACAACACACACACGCUCCUCCUUUCAUUUUUUCUGUUUCAUUUUUGCCUUUUAUAUACCGUUGGAUUUACCACCUUUCUAAUUAACAGUUUUCAAUAUACUGUGCUAAGUGGUGUCAAAACUGUAACUAAAGCAAAACCUGUCAGCAAAAUUCUUUAUCCUACUGUAUUUUUAUAUUCUUUUUUUUUUUCUGUGUUCUUAAAAGACAUUUACCACACGUCAUAUCUCAUUUAACCUUCCAUUAUCAUUUUUGUGCUUUUCUACUUUUAUUUAGAACUAAAUGUUACGAAUCACUUGUAAUAAUUCCACUGCUGUAAUAGUCAAAUCUGUGAAAUGGAAUAUAAGUCUUGUAAAAUAAAAAGCAUUUCUGGGUUGAUCCUACUUUAAAGCCA